AUGACUUCCGCCGAGAUGCCUGCUCUCUUCCAGCCCAUUCGCGUUGGCAACCUUGCACUCUCGCAUCGCGUCAUACUUGCACCGUUGACACGUACCCGCGCGUAUAAAGAUCAUGUUCCUGGCCCCCAGGCAGCGACUUACUACGCACAACGGGGCAGCACGCCCGGCACGCUUCUUAUUACGGAGGCGACAUCGAUCGCACCGCAGGCAGGAGGACUACCAAACAUCCCGGGUAUAUGGAACGAGGCGCAGGUAGCCGGGUGGAAAGAGGUGACAGAUUCCGUGCACGCCAAAGGCUCCUAUAUCUUCCUUCAGAUAUGGGCCAUGGGUCGAGCGGCGGACGUUCGCGCCCUUGCCGCUGACGGUGACUUUCCUCUGAUAGCGCCGUCUCCCAUUGCGAUCCGCGAGCACAUUACGGGCGGUGGUGGUAUGCCUCGUGCUCUGACGAUUCCCGAGAUACAAGAGUACAUCGAGCUUUUUGCCGAGGCUGCGAAGAAUGCUAUGAAAGCCGGUUUCGAUGGCGUUGAGGUCCAUGGUGCGAACGGGUUCUUAAUCGACCAGUUCGUGCAGGAUGUGUCGAACAUUCGCGAUGAUGAGUAUGGAGGGAGUGUCGAGAACAGAUGUAAGUUUGCUCUUGAGGUCGUCGAUGCUGUGGUCCAGGCCAUUGGAGCAUCGAGGACGUCCUUCAGGAUGAGCCCCUGGAGCGAGUUUCAAAACAUGGGUAUGAGAGAUCCGGUCCCGACAUACACAUACCUUACAACCAAGCUUGCCGAGCGGGGACUUGCCUAUCUGCACGUUGUAGAACCCCGCGGUAGCUCGGAUGCUGCGGAAGACCCCACGUCUUCAGAUGCCUCAGAUUUCAUCCGUCAGAUCUGGGGUGACAGACCAUACAUCGCCGCUGGAGGGUUCAAAAGAGCCUUAUCGAUCCGCGAGGCCGAAGAGAAGGGAGGGCUGAUUGCUUUUGGCAGGCUCUUCAUCUCGAACCCUGACCUCCCGUAUCGACUGCAAAAUGAUAUGCCUCUGACACCUCCGGAUCGUUCCAAGUUUUAUCUCAUGGGUAACCAUUCGCCACUGGGGUAUACGGAUUGGCCUUUCGCUGACGACGAGCGUCGUGAGGUCUAAGUAUAUCCUUGGUCUUUUGACUCAAACUUCGCGUUCGGGUGUAUCGAGGGUGAUCUCCUCGUCAGCCUUAGCGCAAUGCUGCCUUUCACUACCAUGUAGCUCCCC